UCACCUCACUUUAACCAAACGCGUCUUCCCCAUAUCUCUAUAAAACUAACCCAUAUCCCUCUUUUCACUUCCAUUCUCCUUUCUUCACUGAUUUUCCGUUUCUGCCUUCUUCUCUCUUUUCUUUUCUAAUUCCAACAUCAUGGUCAAACUCAGCAAUAAUCUCGUUGGGAUUCUCAAUUUCAUUACCUUUUUGCUCUCUAUCCCCAUCAUCGCCGGUGGCAUAUGGCUCAGCCGACAAGGUACAUCCGAUUGUGAGAAAUUUCUCGACACCCCCGUAAUCGUCAUCGGUGUUUUUCUUCUUCUUGUCUCACUCGCGGGUUUCAUCGGCGCGUGUUGCCGCGUGAGAUGGCUUCUCUGGAUUUACCUUUUCGUUAUGUUCCUUCUCAUCCUUCUUCUCUUCGUCUUCACCAUCUUUGCCUUCGCCGUCACCAACAAAGGCGCCGGAAAAGUUCUCUCCAACAGAGGAUAUAAAGAGUACAGACUCGGUGAUUACUCCAACUGGCUACAGAAUCGCGUCAGGAACAACAAAGAUUGGAACAGAAUCAGGAGCUGUUUAGUGGACGGCAAGGUUUGUAACGAAGUCAGCCAGAAAUUUGUUGGUGAGACCGUUGAGCAAUUCUACCUAGAACACUUAUCUUCAAUUCAGUCUGGGUGUUGCAAACCGGCAGAUGAGUGUAAAUUCGAGUACAAGGGACCGAUUCAGUGGGACAAACCAGCGAAUGUUUCAAGUUUUGCGAAUCCGGAUUGUGGUUUGUGGGAUAAUGAUCCUCAAAAGCUGUGCUUCGAUUGUGAAUCCUGCAAAGGUGGAGUGUUGGAUAAUUUGAAGAGGAACUGGAAGAAAGUGGCGAUUAUUAAUAUUGUUAUACUUGUGUUUCUCAUCAUUGUUUACUCCAUUGGAUGCUGCGCUUUCAGGAACAGCAAGGAGGAGAAUCAUUAUCCUAGAUGGAAAUGAAGUUAUUAAAUUUUGAUUUUUGUUUUAAAGUUCUUUCAUUGAUGCGCUGUUUUUUGUUUUUUUGUUUUUUUUUUUUUGUGUUUGUGUUUGUGUUGUAGUUUCUUCAGCUAUAUAGGGAUGGAUUGACUAUUAUUUGCUGUGAUAUAUGAAUAAAACUUGGGGACUUUUGUGCUUCUUUCUAAUUUAA